AUGGAGAGCAGUAUUUGGGAUAUGUUUGGUCUGCUGAAGAUUCUGGAUGAUGUGAAACAUCUGAAGAGAACUGGCUGGCUCCGAUAUAAUAUCGGGGAGCCAGAGACAGUUGCUUCUCAUAUGUAUCGCAUGGCGAUGCUGGCAAUGGUUCUGGAUGAUUCUGGCUUCGACCGGGCCAAAUGCAUUCGAAUGGCACUGGUACACGACCUGAGUGAGGCGAUUGUCGGCGAUAUUACACCUUUUUGCGGCAUUUCCAGCGAACAGAAGCAUCAUCUCGAGAAUGAGAUCGAGGAGCCGGAGACAGUUGCUUCUCAUAUGUAUCGCAUGGCGAUGCUGGCAAUGGUUCUGGAUGAUUCUGGGUUCGAUCGGGCCAAAUGCAUUCGAAUGGCACUGGUGCAUGACCUGAGUGAGGCGAUUGUCGGCGAUAUUACACCCUUUUGCGGCAUUUCUAGUGAACAGAAGCAUCAUCUCGAGAAUGAGGCAAUGAAGAAAAUCGUGCAGAUGGUUCCAGCAGCAACGGGCUCCGACUGGUACUCACUGUGGCGUGAAUAUGAGAUGAACGCAACAAAGGAAGCUAUGAUUGUGAAACAUUUAGAUAAAUUUGAUAUGAUUGCGCAGGCUUUCCACUACGAGCAGAAAUACAACAUUGGUAAGGCACACUUCAUCGAUAUCUAUUACAUUUCAGAUUUGGAAGAAUUUUUUACUUCAACGGAAAAUUUGUUCACACUGGAGCCAUUCGUAACGUGGAAUAGAGAGCUGCGAGCCAAAAGAUCUCAGAGCAAAGCAGCAGCAAAUAGCCCUGUAACACUGAUGGCAAAUGAUGCUGAUUCAGUAUCUUAA